GUUAGUCCCAGAGAAAACAGAACAAAGCUUCUCUUCAAUGUCUGUAUGUGUGUUCUUGAUGACUGCAAAAAGGCUAGACCUCUCCGAUUUUUUGUUGUGCUGGCUGUAACUGUAGCCUGCUCUAACUGUGCAGGACAGUGUCCAGCCAAAGAGCCUCUCUGCCCUGCCCUCAGGCCUCGUCAGCUUGUGGAUCUCCGUGCGGAGGAACGCCUCUUUGGUGGCUGUGACAGGGAGAAUUAGGCAAGAGAUGCGGGUUCACUUGCCCUGCGUAGGGGCUUAUCUUGGGCUAAGCUGAGGGACUAAUAGCAAAUCCAGCCUCCGCUCCAGACGGUCUGAGGGCACAGGGAACCAUCUGUCCACUCUGUGGAUAACUGACAACAAAGGGGGCAAACAUUGAACACGGACUACAAACUAAAAGGCCAUUCAUUUAGGAGAUACCACAAAUACAGAAGAGGAGCAAGUAUUUUGUAUAUAAGACGAUUUACAUUAAAGCUUGGAAAACACAGAGAAUGUCUGACAAGGAAGAAAUGGCUUCAGAUGGGAGUCUGAAUGUUACACUGACGUUAAGGCUGCUGAUGCAUGGAAAGGAAGUUGGCAGCAUAAUCGGGAAGAAAGGAGAAACCGUAAAGAAGAUGAGGGAGGAGAGUGGUGCUCGUAUCAACAUAUCAGAAGGAUCAUCUCCAGAGAGAAUAAUUACCAUCACAGGACCCACAGAGGGCAUCUUCAGAGCUUUCUCCAUGAUCGCAGAGAAGUUUGAGGAGGAUAUUACUGCAGCAAUGACAAACAGCAACGUGACAAGCAAGCCCCCUGUGACACUACGCCUGGUUUUCCCAGGAAGCCAGUGUGGCUCCCUGAUUGGCAAAGGAGGCUCAAAAAUCAAAGAGAUCAGAGAGACCACAGGCGCUCAGGUUCAGGUGGCAGGAGACAUGCUGCCGGACUCUACAGAGAGGGCUGUCACAAUCUCCGGCACUCCACAGGCCAUCACUCAGUGUGUAAGACACAUCUGCUCUGUCAUGCUGGAGUCUCCACCAAAAGGAGCGACUAUUCCCUACCGUCCCAAGGCCAUGACUUCUGGAGCCCAUGCAGUAUUAGCACCACAACACUCUGCGCAUGCGUUUGCAAUUCCAGGGCAGUAUGCUUUUGCGCAUCAAGAUUUGACCAAGCUUCACCAGCUGGCUAUGCAGCAUAUCCCCCUCCCUUCCCUUGGGCAGAGCAACCCUACCUUCCCUGGAUUGGAUGCAUCUGCCCCCACAAGUUCACAGGAGCUGGCAAUACCUAACGAUUUUAUUGGCUGCAUAAUUGGAAGACAAGGCAGCAAGAUCAAUGAGAUUCGCCAGGUCUCUGGAGCUCACAUCAAAAUUGCCAGUGCCACUGAUGGCUCAGCUAUGCGCCAAGUCACGAUCACAGGCUCGCCCGCCAGCAUCAGCAUCGCCCAGUACCUCAUCAACGCCAGCUUAGAGAUGGCUAAAUACACCAUGCAGGCCGCUUCCUCUGCGAACCCAAUUGACCUCAACAUGAGCUUCUCUCAGUCCGCUCCCACUGCCUCCACUGCUGCUACCUCUAUGGCCGUCCUGGCGGCCACCACUUCUUCCCCCGCCAUUAACGUCCACUCUCCCUCAACCUUGCAAACCAUCCAAAACCAACAUUACGCCGUCCCCAUUUCCAGCCUGCUUGGCAUGAAAACUCUGCCCCUCCUGGCUGUCCACCCAGCAGCUGCUUCCAGCCUAGCUCAGGGUUUUUGCCCUUAUACCACAAAAAUGACAACCAGCAUCAAAAAAUCUGAGCGGCAGAAGUUUGGUCCUUAUUGACGUCUGCUUUUUAAGUCUAGUCAGUGUAAUGGACUGGUAAGACAUUAUUAAAUGAUGAGAAAUGAUUUGAGAUUGAGCAUACAUGUAUAGGCGUUACACACCAGUGUGUGUACGUUUUGCCAGUGUAGCACUUGUUUUCCAUAAAUCAGGAGAAUAUUAGAAACAGAUGGAAAGGAUGGUAGUAUCAAAACAUGUCCACAUUAAUUACAACAGGCAGCUGAGGUGCAUAUUAACUCAGUAUUACAUUGCGGACAUGCACAACAAUGAAUGUUGGUAACUCAGGCUUGUACUAGUAUCCUAGAAAAAGCUAUUUUUCAAAUGGAUUCAUGUUACAGAGCUUUAUAUGAUGAAGACUUAAUCCAGGAGAGGUAUUUUCCAUGAUGCAAAUAUUGACUUAGUUUUCUAUCUGUGUAACUAGUUUACAAUCAUUUUUUGUUAGAUCAUUCUAACUAGUAUUUUAUUACGUUGUGCUUUGUUGGCAGCAGGCUGUUAAAAUGUUUGUCUUGUAAAGUAGAAGUCAGUGUGUUAAGUAUUUCCAUUUAUUUUUUUACCAAGGAUUGUCAACCUAACCUUUCCUUCACUGUAGGCUCUCAUCAGUUCUAACAGGCUUGGGUGUUCUGUAGUAGCGUUGCGCUGUUGCAGUUCUGAUGGGAUUAUCCUAAAGCCACAUUGGAUUCUAGUGGAUUUCACUCUACCCGUAAUCCUGUAGAGCGGGACUGGCCUAACUAACUCAUUUAUUGUUUCUGUAAGCUAGCUUGUUCCUUGUUUAUUUCCCAACAUAAAUGACUGGAAUGCUCCAACUUUCAGCAUCUGAAAUGGACGCUGAGCCGUUAUUGUAAUACAUGUUUUAUUCAUGUGUUUCUGGUGUGGGUCUUCCCACAAACAAUGCAGAUUUGAAAUAUUUGUUGAUGUAAUGACUUUUA